AUGUACACCUACAUGGAAUACCUCCAGAAAUGCUUCUACAAGUCCACAAACUGGAAUGAAGACAACAUCUUCUCCAACAUCAACGCCACCUCGCAGGCGUUGCUCGAGUUCCCCAUCCCCAAAGGGGUGAAGCUCGACUCGUCGUCCAAGACAACCGAACACCUGGCAUCCAGCUUCACUCUCUCGAACUACUACUCCAUCAAUGGGUCUGUGGCGUAUCUCUAUUCCUCCAAACCCCUUGUCAACACCAUGGGCACGAAGGAGGUCUCGCUUCAGGACGCUAUUGCCGGCUUCAAGACCAUCGAGCCCAACAUCACCAACAAGGGCAGUUCCAACCAGGGCACACACAGCUCCAAGGAUACCCACAACCACUCGCUUCUUUACGGGAGAAUGUACUUCCCGGGGCUGGCCCUAGAAGCUAUGAUCAUCAAGAAGAUCACCCAGCACACCCAGCUUUUGAUCAAAUGUAUUAAUAAUCCCCAUGUAAAUAGCAACGGUACCAUGAUCGUGUACUUGCAGAACAACACCCCACAGUUCCUGAGAGAGUUGAUAUAUUCCACGAAUGAAGCCCUCAUCGGAUUCAGAUGUCUUUAUAACUUUGGCGACAGACAAUCGUCCAAUAUGCACACAUUGAUGCCCAAGUUUGACAACUCGGUGUUCUCCUUGGGCACUGAGCUCUGGUACGCAGCCAGAACCAUGAGCCCAGGCUUGUCUACUGCCUUCAGAUACUCCACAAGGUCCACUUCUACAGGAAAACCACUCACGAUGACAUUAGCAGUGAACCCGAUCCUAGGCCACAUUUCCUCAACAUAUACCGUGAAAACUUCGGUGUCAUCAACCUUCUGCUCCAGAUACGACUUCAAUUUCUUCUCGUACGCAAGUAAUUUAUCGUUGGGGUUCGAAUUGUAUAACUAUUCCAACUUGCCCGAGCUGUCAGAGACCACCGAGAAGAGACUCACAAACAACACAACAACGUCCAUAAAUCCACCUAUAAUACGUAAAGGACGCAAUAAUUUCAUUAAUCCAAUCCAAAACUCAGACAAUUAUUAUCACAUAAAUCCUACCCUUAUACCUUCAAAGGUUGAGAAGAAUUCAGAUCGCCACUCCAAUGCAGAACCGUCGAGAGAGAGUGUAACUACGUCGUUCCAGAAAAUAGUUAACCAGAGUGAUUUUUCCAGUGUUACAAAGUUAGCAACCAGCACGAAUGACAAACUGUUGAGAUUGUUGUGGGAAGGAAGAGUCAAAGAUUUCUUGGUUAGUACCGGUGUUCGGGUAUCCUUGAAUCCUGUAAACUAUGCACCUGAGAUAAGCAAAUUUGGCAUCUCAUUUUCGUAUGCGUGUUAA